UCCGAAGGACAGAGAGAAACAUUUUUAGAGACAGAGAAACCUUCUGUUUCUUAGUCCCUCUUCCCACUCUCCAACUGACCUACGCCUCUUUUCCUCUUCUCUCUGCGAUCCGAUCCUUCAAGCUUUUGGAAAUCCUUCAGAGGAAGAUUUUCCGACUCCUUUUGUUCAUGAAUUCUUGAAAGAAGGAAGUAAUUUGCUUUUGAUUCUGUUGCUUAAUUUUGUUUCCCUUUGUCCUGUUUGCCGUCGAUCAAGCUACUUACUGUCGUCUGAAAGAAACCCUAAUUACUAAUUUGCGAUGGCUGCUUCUACUUUACCUGAUGCUGAUUCGGUGACGGCAUCGAGUGUCGAUCAUUCUUCUCGUAAUUCUGGACAGAGUAAUAGCAGCAGCCCCAAAUCAUCAUCACGUCGCUCUGGUGGGCGCACAGUGUCUUCUCCGUGGAACCAGAUUGUUCGCGGUGAACUAGACACCGCGGCGGCUGUUUCAUCAUCUGUAUCUUCGACUACUGUUGUUGAACCUGUAACAUUUACUUCUUCUUCUUCUGCUACGUCUGAAGAGCCAGUGGGUGAGUGUUACGAUGGUGGGAAUGGGUCGUCCGCCAAUGCUGGAAAGAAGCCAGUGUGGAAUAAACUCGCUAAUGGAACUGAGGCUGGGCCUGUCAUGGGGGCUGUGUCUUGGCCUGCUUUGUCGGAGUCUGCCAAGGGCACACCUAAAUCAUCUUCGGAUUCAAUUAAAAGUUUAGGUGAUGGAUCCGCUGGCGCGCAGG